AUGGCUACCCGAGCGCCUGCAUUCGCGGGGACGGAGUCGUACGGUCCUGACGACCCGGUACGCACCGGGUACCAAGCGUUGACGCUGGCGGCCUUCAGAUCACCUGGACUGCUCGGAACGCAUGGAUUUAGCUUCGGCAGCAAUUUCGGCUUCCGUGAUCCAUCGACGACGUCGCCGUCCUCCACGUACGACACAUCCGGCCAUCCUGCCCUACCGCCCGGUGCCGCCGGUUCACUGCUGAACCUUUCGCAGCACGCCACCAGCACCCACUUUCGGUCCGGCGUUCCGGCACAUCACGGCGAUACCGGCAGUCCGGUCAACUUGUACCUCGGCAGCACUGGGGCGAUAGCGCGCGACAGUGCACACGAUCAGCAUCACGGUGCGGACAGUCCGUACGGACGAUCGUAUCACGGCUCCGUGGACGGCACGGGACUUUCGGCCAUUUCGGAGCAUCUUACCGGGGCGGGUCUCGGUGGGUCCUACGGAAUAGAGCAGGAGAAACCGGACCAGGACGACGAAAUCAACAUCCUGCCGGACGGAUCUCGCGGCAACAGUCCGGUAAACGGGCGGCUCAAUAGUAGUAACUACGGUUCGGAAGGUAGUCCGGAACCGGAAGGUCGGGAGUCCGGCUCCAAACAUCGGCCCGACGAAUCGUGCGGAAGUCCGCUGGGAAGUGCCCGUUCGUACUCUAGUCAAACGAAGGACGGUGAACUGGUGGGACUCGGGAGCUAUCCCCUGUCGGGCAGUCCGCACGGCGGUGAAGAUAGUGUCGGAUCGUCCCGAAGUCCUGAAAAUCUCUCUCACGGCGGUGGAACCUGCGGCCCACAACCGGGAUCGCUCCAGUGUCAUCAGCCAUCAAACGCUUCGGGGUCGUCGGUUGCUUCCUUCGCUCUCUCCGCGGUUGGACAUCAGCUGGCACACCAGCAACACCCGCACCUAAAUCACCAUCAUCACCCGCAUCACUUGCACAGCAACAAUAACAACAGUACCGGAGCGGUAAACCACAACCAUCUGGGGGCAGGCUCGAAAGGUAAAACUCCCCACACGAUCUCGGACAUGCUGGAUCACAAGUUGCAGCUGAGCUUUCUCGGGCCACCGCUAGCGGCUCUUCACUCGAUGACGGAGAUGAAGGCGGCCCAGCAUCAGCAACACUCGCACCCACAGCAACACCCCGCCCAAGGGCCCCAUUCCGGUCCGGGGAGUCCCGGUGGUCAUCAGACGGCCGUGUCACAGACGCAAACACACUCCAGCGCGGCCAGCAAUCCGCACGGUAUCGAUACGAUAUUGUCGCGGCCACCACCCGUCACCACCGCCCAACUGAAUGCCUUAGGAGGCGGAAUGCCCCGCUUCACGGCGGCCGUCGCUGCGGCAGCCAACAUGGCGCAGUAUCUGUCACAGAACCACGCCAACGGUCCGAUGAAGGCACACGCCGGCCCGCUCGUCGACCGAACGCAUCUGUACUGGCCCGGACUGCAGGGGUUGGUGGCCAACCCGAUGGCAUGGCGAGAUCGGCUCGGUUCCACCAUGUCCGCCAGCUUGUCGCAGAGCCAUCACGCCCAGGACAAGGACGGCAAGAAGAAGCACACCCGGCCCACGUUCAGCGGUCAGCAGAUAUUCGCCCUCGAGAAGACGUUCGAGCAGACGAAGUACUUGGCCGGUCCGGAACGGGCCAAGCUGGCGUACGCGCUCGGUAUGACCGAGUCACAAGUGAAGGUAUGGUUCCAGAAUCGACGCACCAAGUGGCGCAAGAAACAUGCGGCCGAAAUGGCGACGGCCAAACGGAAACAGGAAGAGCUGGGCGAUGGCGAUGGGGACUGCAGCGAACCGAUGGAUUCCGAUUCCGAGAGCCUGGAUCUAGUCGACACCGGCAGCAACCAACGGAAACGCUGCCGAAUGGAGGACGACAUGCGACAUUAG